GACAGAACCGCCAUUUUUAACGGAUUUUCCUUUUCUCUUUCUCUCUCUAAAUACUAUUCUCUCCUCUUGUGUUGCUCCUUGGGUAUAAAAAAACCCUAACCUCUCUUUCUCUCUCUGCCAGAGCUCUCUCAAUCUAGGGUUUCCAGAACUCUGCUCUCUCUCUCUCACUCUAAGGCGCGCGCACGAUCGCCAUUACCGGCCAUUUCUCGAUUCUCAUUCAAUGAAUCAUUAGGGUUUCCAGAUGAAUCUCGUUGUUCCAUUUCUCCUCCUGAUUCUGGUCGUCUCGGUCUCUUCCGUCUCCGACUCGGAGCUCCGAUCGCUGCUCGAGUUCAAGAAGGGGAUCCAUGUCGACCCACUCCGGAAGGUUCUGGACACAUGGAGCUCCAGUUCUCUGCAGAGCGUCUCCGAUUGCCCGCAGUGGACCGGCGUCGUCUGCGACGAGAACGGCAAUGUCACCGCCUUGGUCCUCGAGGGCCUCGGCCUCGGCGGAGAAUUGAAGUUCCACACGCUCACCGGCCUUGGAAAGCUCCGGAAUCUGAGCCUCGCCGGGAAUGAAUUCUCCGGCCGGGUCGCGCCGGCAUUGGGGACGAUGACCUCGCUUCAGCAUUUGGAUCUAUCGAGGAACCAGUUCUACGGCCCGAUCCCGCAGCGGAUCAGUAAUCUCUGGGAUUUGAAGUACCUCAAUCUGGCCGAGAACAAAUUCAAGGGUGGAUUUCCAAGCGGGUUUACGAAUCUUCAGCAGAUGAAGGUUCUGGAUUUGCACUCCAACCAGCUGUGGGGCGACAUUGCCGAUCUCUUGCCGGAGCUGCGCAAUGUGGAGCGAGUCGAUUUGAGUCGCAACGAGUUCUUCGGCUCCAUUUCCGUUUCUCUCGAGAACGUCUCCGGCUUGGCAAACACCGUUCAUUAUUUGAACUUGAGUCAUAAUAAUUUGAGUGCCGGAUUUUUCAAAAGCGAUGCUAUUAAGUUGUUUCGCAACUUGGAAGUUCUGGAUUUGGGGAAUAAUCAGGUCAGCGGCGAGCUUCCUUCGUUUGGGCCUUUGCCGAAUUUGCGGGUUUUGAGGCUUGGGAAGAACCAGUUGUUCGGGUUGAUUCCAGAGGAGUUGAUGGAGAGUUCUAUACCGUUGGUGGAAUUGGAUCUUAGUAACAAUGGAUUUACAGGUUCACUUCUUGGGAUUAACUCUACAAGCUUGCAGUUAUUAAACCUUUCAUCCAACAGUUUGUCUGGCACAUUGCCCACAGUGCUGAGUAGUUGUGUAGUGGUGGAUUUGAGCAGCAAUAUGUUCUCUGGUGACAUAUCCGUUAUUCAGAACUGGGAAGCUCCUUUAGAGUUUGUUGAUAUGAGUUCAAACACGUUAUCUGGAAGCUUUCCAAACUUAACUUCACCGUUUGAGAGAUUGACUGCAAUUAAUCUAAGAAAUAAUUCGUUAGGAGGUACUUUGCCUUCUAUAUUGGAGGCGUGUCCUAAACUGUCUACCGUUGACCUCAGUUCAAAUGAAUUUAUUGGGCGUAUUCCCAGUACUUUCUUCAGUUCUGGGAGCUUAAUGUCUUUGAAUCUUUCGGGAAACCAUUUUACAGGACCAAUUUCCAUGGGAGGAGGCCGUGUUAGUGAAUUACUGUAUUUACCUUCAAGUCCACUGAUCGAAUAUCUCGAUCUCUCUAGGAAUUCUUUAUCGGGUUCUCUGCCUACAGAAUUGGGUAACGUGAUCAAUCUCAAAUUACUUGAUAUUGCAAAGAAUGGCUUUGUCGGGCAGAUACCAAAGGAGUUGCACAAGCUUAGUAAGUUGGAGUACCUUGAUUUAUCUGACAAUAAAUUCAGUGGUGAAAUCCCAGAUAAUCUUCCAUCCAGCUUGACUGUAUUUAAUGUGUCCUACAAUGACCUAAGGGGAUCUGUUCCUGAAAAUUUGAGAAACUUCCCUAUGAGUUCAUUUCGUCCUGGAAAUGAAUUGCUGAACUUACCGGGUAUGCCAAAAUUAAAUUCUGUACCAGAUCAGGUUUCUAAUCAAAGGAAAACUCACAGUUCAAAGAGUAAUAUUAGAGUAGCAAUUAUUCUUGCAUCCCUUGGAGCUGCUUUUAUGAUAGUUUUUGUUUUACUUGCUUAUCACCGUUCACAGCUUAAAGAAUUCCACUGGAGAAGUGGAUUUGGAGGUCAAACUACAGGGAGGGAUGUGAAAUUAGGAAGUUUUACUCGGCCUUCGUUUUUGAAGUUCACCUCUAAUGUUCAGGCUCCACCAACUUCUUCAUUGAGUUUUUCUCAUGAUCAUUUAUUAACGUCAAAAUCAGGGUCAUUAUCUGGGCAGACAGAUUUUGUAACUGAAGUUGCAGACCCCGUUUCACAUCGGGAAGUAGCGACUACCUCAGGUUCCAUGAAUCCUGUAGAUAAUCACCCUGCAACUUCUGGAAGGAAAUCCUCUCCAGGUUCCCCAUUAUCUUCCUCUCCUCGUUUUAUCGAAGUGGGUGAACAACCUGCAAUAUUGGAUGUGUAUUCACCAGAUAGAUUGGCUGGUGAGUUGUCCUUCCUGGAUGCUUCAUUGGCAUUCACAGCUGAGGAACUUUCUCGAGCUCCAGCAGAAGUUCUUGGCAGAAGUAGCCAUGGAACUCUCUAUAAAGCUACUCUAGAUAGUGGGCAUAUGUUGACAGUGAAAUGGUUACGGGUAGGACUGGUCAAACACAAGAAAGAAUUUGCCAGAGAAGUCAAGAGGAUUGGUUCCAUGAGGCAUCCAAACAUUGUUCCGUUGAGGGCAUACUAUUGGGGACCCAGAGAACAAGAGAGGCUUCUUUUAGCGGAUUAUAUUCAGGGAGAUAGUUUGGCCCUGCAUCUUUACGAGACCACACCACGGCGGUACUCUCCAUUAUUGUUCAAUCAGAGACUAAAAGUUGCAGUGGAUGUUGCGCGGUGUCUGUUAUUCCUUCAUGAUAGAGGCCUUCCACAUGGGAAUCUAAAGCCCACCAAUAUACUCCUUGCUGGCCCUGACUACGAGGCUCGUCUUACCGAUUACAGCCUGCACCGCCUAAUGACACCAGUGGGCAUUGCGGAGCAGAUACUAAAUAUGGGAGCACUUGGCUACCGAGCUCCUGAACUUGCCUCUGCAGCCAAACCAAUUCCCUCAUUCAAGGCUGAUGUUUAUGCUUUUGGUGUGAUCCUGAUGGAAUUGUUAACCAGAAGAAGUGCUGGUGAUAUCAUUUCGGGCCAGUCGGGUGCAGUUGAUCUUACAGAUUGGGUUCGACUUUGUGAUCAAGAAGGACGUGGAAUGGACUGCAUUGACAGAGACAUUGCCGCUGGGGAAGAACCCUCCAAAGCAAUGGAUCAAGUGCUUGCAAUAUCACUCAGGUGUAUUCUCCCUGUAAAUGAGAGGCCUAACAUCAGACAAGUUUUCGAUGAUCUCUGUUCUAUAUCUGUUUGAAAUUUUUUGUACAUGCGUCUUGGAAUUAGUUUUUUUGUUCCUUGACCAUGU